AUGGCAUCUCAAUCUCGAAGCCACGAACUUGUGAGCCGGCGCAGUCAAGUACCACCGGAUCCAGACCCGGCGCCGACUCCGGCUUUGCCGCCCAUUUCUCACCGGAAGCAGGUUGCGGUGCUGUUGUCAGCCUUUGGCACUAUAGCUCUCACUAUAGGAUACAAUCAAUGCUUUGGCGUUUUCCAAGAGUAUUACCUGUCAUCCGCCCAGGAUGUCUUGGUGCCUUCUCCAGCAUCAGAGGCCUCACCACCGACUGCAAUGCUGGCUUUUGUUGGCACGUUAUGUUAUGGUCUCACUUGGAGUGGCGGUAUCGUGGUUAAUCCCGUCAUUUCGCGCAUCGACCACGGAAGCUGGGCAUCAAACUCACCAACGAGUAGGCUUUGGCGCCGUCGCAUAUUGCAAUUCCUGACUCCAAGAAUGAUCACCGUAUCUGGAGUUUUGAUCAUGUCCACAGGCUUCGCACUGGCCUCGUUAAGCCACUCGUUAUGGCAUCUCCUGCUUACUCAGGGCUUCUUGGUCGGCGUUGGCAUGUCCCUAUUCUACUUUCCGCUUUUGGCUCCUGCGCCCGAGUAUUUCACACGGCACCGAGCUACGGCCAUGGGAUUUAUCCUGGCUGGAGCUGGCGCCGGAGGUCUCGUUUUUUCGCCAAUAAUACGUGCGCUUCUCAGCUCGGUCGGCGGCCGUUGGACCCUCAGAAUCUAUGCACUCAUUAAUUUGGCUGCCGGCAUUCCCAUCGCCUGCUCAGUCCCUCGAAGUCGAUUUGCUCCCGCCUCCGCAGUGGAGCGCCCAGAGAGGCCCAACACCCAUGUCUCUCGAGCCUUGGGUUCAAGACCAACGUUUCUCUUCUCCGUGGUGGCGGCGUUUCUUCAGGCUGCUGGUGCGCAACUCCCACUGGCCUUUAUACCCUCCUAUACCGUAACUCUUGGGUUCGAUGCUGCCAGGGGGGCCAACCUCCUUGCUGCCAGUAAUGCAAUAAACUCCGUCUCCCGCAUCUUGACAGGAUAUGCCGGCGACCGCCUAGGUCGGCAGAAUACCCUUCUCCUCACACUUUUGCUCGCUGCGUCCAGUGUUUUCGCCUUUUGGCUCACGAGCGUCAUGGCAACCUCGUCAUCGUCCACCUCGCUUUGGCUGGUCUUCAUUGUCAUGUAUAGUGUCUCAGCUGGUGGAUACUAUGCCUUGUUCCCCGCUCUCAUUGCCGAGGUGUUUGGCAUCCGUCACUAUGCCGCCGUGAACGCAUUUAUACUCUUCGUAAGAGGGCUGGGUACCAUGUUUGGCAGCCCUGUUGGCGGUAAGCUACUUGGUACUUCAGGUGAUGGCACGCGAGGGUAUGCCAGUAUCGCAUACUGGGACGGGGCACUAUUGCUGGGCGCCUUUGCGUGCUGUAUUGGAGUGCGAUGGGCCGAAGGGAAAGGGAAGGGAUGGAAGUGGGUUGCUUAG